AGCACAACCACACACAUAGUCUCAAACACACGGUUUUAGAUUUGAAGGUGUAGGGGGGAGUGCAGGGGAGUUGGGGAGCAGGCUGAGACGAUCUAAGCGGGACCUCCCGCCUCCCCCACCGUCUCAGAUCUUCACUACUCCUCCCGCCCGUCCAUUCUCUGGCGCGCCAUUCGCCCCCACCCCCGCUCCAGACCCCGUACCCCAGGCUACUGGACUGGCGUAAAUUUCCGCCCAUUUGCGUCUCCGCCCUGUGGGGGCUGCUUCGUGACGUCAGGGCUGAGCUAGGGGGCGCCCGAUCCUGGCUGCCCGCCCCUCCCGGCCCUGCGGCCCCCGCCUGCCCUUUAAAAGAGCGGGGCCUGCGCCAGCCGCGCCACACCGCGGGGACCAGGACGCACGCUGGUUUCCCGGGGCCGUUCCGUCGCGCCUUCCUCCUGCGCCUCGCUUCUCCGGUCCAGCCGCCAUCUUCCUCUCCGCGCAGGGGCCGGCGAGCGGGGCCAUGCAGCCAGCGCUGCUUCUCAGCCUCCUGGGAGCCGUGGGGCUGGCGGCUGUCAAUUCCAUGCCAGUGGAUAACAGGAACCACAAUGAGGAAAUGGUGACUCGCUGCAUCAUUGAGGUCCUCUCAAAUGCCUUGUCGAAGUCCAGUGCUCCACCCAUCACCCCUGAGUGCCGCCAAGUCCUGAAGAAGAAUAGAAAAGAGGUCAAAGACAAGGAGACAACUGAAAAUGAAAACACGAAGUUUGAAGUAAGAUUGUUAAGAGACCCAGCUGAUGCCUCAGAAGCCCACGGGCCGUCCAGUAGGGAAGAGGCAGGAGCCCCAGCGGAGAAGGACACUCAAGGCCUGACACAGGCAGACACAGAGCCAUGGGCAGAGGGAGGCGGGCACAGCCGAGAACGAGUGGAUGAGCCCCAGCGGAGCCUCUAUCCCUCCGACAGCCAAGUCUCCGAAGAAGCAAAGACGAGCCAUUCUGAGAAGAACGAGAGAGAGGAUGAGGAGGAGGAAGAGGGAGAGAACUACCAAAAAGGGGAGCGAGGGGAAGAUGGCAGUGAAGAGAAACACCUUGAAAAGCCAGGAGAGACACAAAAUGCUUUUCUUAAUGAAAGAAACCAGGCUUCAGCUACAAAAAAAGAGGAGUUAGUGGCCAGAUCUGAUACACAUGCUGCUGGGCACUCUGAGGAGAAGACGCAUAGCCGGGAGAGGAGCAGCCAGGAGAGUGGAGAGGAGGCAGGGAGCCAGGAAAAACAGCCGCAGGAGUCAAAAGGCCAACCCCAAAGCCAGGAAGAAUCUGAGGAAGGUGAAGAAGAUGCCACCUCUGAGGUGGCCAAACGACGCACGAGGCCCAGACACCAUCAUGGGAGGAGCAGGCCUGACAGGUCCUCUCAAGGAGGAAGUCUUCCCCCUGAGGAAAGGGGACACCCCCUGGAGGAAUCUGAGGAGUCAAACGUCGGCAUGGCCAGUUUAGGGGAAAGGAGGGACCACCAUUCAACCCACUACAGGGCUUCAGAGGAAGAACCCGAAUAUGGAGAAGUAAAGAGUUAUCCCGACGUCCGGAACUCCGAGGACCUGGAGGGGGAACGCUAUAGGGGCAGAGGAAGUGAAGAAUACGGGGCUCCAAGGCCUCAGAGUGAGGAGAGCUGGGAUGAGGAGGACAAGAGAAACUACCCCAGCUUAGAGCUCGAUAAGAUGGCACAUGGAUAUGGUGAAGAAAGUGCGGAAGAGCGGGGCCAAGAACAGGGAAAGGGACGCCAUCACAGAGGUAGGGGAGGGGAGCCACAUGCCUAUUUCAUGUCUGACGCCAGAGAAGAGAAAAGGUUCUUGGGUGAAGGACACCACCAUGUCCAAGAAAGCCAGAUGGACAAGGCAAGGAGGCGUCCACAAGGUGCAUGGAAAGAGCUGGACAGAAAUUACCUCAACUAUGGUGAGGAAGGAACACAAGGGAAGUGGCAGCAGCAGAGAGACCUGCAGGACACUAGAGAAAACAGGGAGGAAGCUAGGUUUCAAGAGAAACAAUAUGGCUCCCAUCACACGGCUGAAAAGAAGAAGAGAUUAGGGGAACUGUUCAACCCAUACUACGACCCUCUCCAGUGGCAGAGCAGCCAUUUUGAAAGAAGAGACAACAUGGAUGAUAAUUUUCUUGAGGGUGAAGAGGAAAAUGACCUGACCUUGAAUGAGAAGAAUUUCUUCCCAGAAUACAACUAUGACUGGUGGGAGAAAAAGCCCUUCUCGGAGGAUGUGAACUGGGGUCAGAGAAACCUCGCCAGGGUCCCCAAGCUGGACCUAAAAAGGCAGUAUGACAGGGUGGCCCAACUGGACCAGCUCCUUCACUACAGGAAGAAGUCAGCCGAGUUUCCAGACUUCUAUGAUUCUGAGGAGCCGAUGAGCACCUUCCAAGAGGCAGAAAAUGAAAAGGACAGGCCCGACCAGAGAGUUCUGACAGAGGAUGAGGAAAAAGAACUUGAAAACUUAGCUGCAAUGGAUUUGGAACUACAGAAGAUAGCUGAGAAAUUCAGCCAAAGGGGCUGACUGUCACUGGAGCAGUGGGCGGUGUUAAGAAGCAGCCCUUGCAUGAUCUGUUUUUUUACCACUUCACUGAAAGACACCAUUUAUCUAUCCAAGGGCAGAAAGUAGAACUUACUAUUCAUUCCAUGUUUGACAUAACUGGAAAUGUCUUUAAUUUUUGCCAGAAUGCUAUUGAAAAUGUGAAUAGCAUGACUUUGUAGCAUAUUCUUUUUUGCAAAAUAGACAUAUUAACAUGCUUGUGACAAUGACUGUGCUACUCUCUUUGGGAAAAUGUUUGUCUCAGUUGGAAAUAAUAAAAGAUUCACCUGAGACCAAAA